CUUAAUGAUACAAACUAAAAUAGAACAUAGUCAACGAUAAAUAUAAACUUAACCUUUUCUGUGUUUGGAUAUUUUCAUGUAAGAUAAAACGUUUUAAUAUAAGUGGAGAAAGAAAAUGGAUUCCUGGAUGCAGUUAGAUCUGUAUGAAUUAAUUGGUGUAGAGAAAACAGCUUCUAUUCAAGAGAUUAAGAAAGCCUAUCGUAAGAAAGCUCUCUAUUGCCAUCCUGACAAGAAUCCGGAUAAUCCGAAAGCAACUGAGUUAUUUCAUGAAUUAUCACGAGCAUUGGAAAUUCUCACUGAUGUAUCUGCUCGGGCAGCUUAUGAUAAAGUUAUUAAUGCCAAGUAUCAAGCAGAAUUACGUUCAAGGGAAUUCGAUUCGAAGCGUAAAAAAUUAAAGGAAGAUUUGGAAGCACGAGAAAAUGCUUAUAAAAGAUCCAUAAAUACAGAUUUCAAUAUUAAAAGUGAUAAAGAAAAAUUACAGGCUGAAAUAGAACGGUUACAGAAAGAAGGAUCAAAGCAACUACAGGAGGAAAUAGCGCUUAUGAAAAAACAUUUUGAAAAAAAAUCAAAAGUAUUUUGUAAAGAAUCAGAAGUUGAUAAUGGUUCUUAUAAACUAAAAGUGAAAUGGAAGUCUCAUAAAAAUCAGUCUGACAAUGGUAGAUAUGACUAUGACAUAUUGUAUCGAAUUUUCUCAAAGUAUGGGAAUAUAAUUACACUUGUUAUUUCUUCCACCAGAGAAGGUAGAGCAUUAGUAGAGUAUCAAAAACGAAAUGAUGCCGAAAUGGCUCUAAGCAUGGAACUUGGUUUAGCACAGAAUCCACUUAAGCUUCAAAGAUUAUGGGAUAAACAAAUUGAAUCAGAUGCUUCUACUACCGGAAUUGUUUACAAUGAUGCCAGUUUUACAAAACACGCGGUAAAUCAAAGCAUGUCAGAUAUUGAAUUUGAACAUUCUGUACUAAAUAAUUUAAAAAAAGCUGAAGAAAGAAAAAGAUUUUUAGAAAAAUUGAACACCACAGAAAACACUUGA